UCAACAGUUUAGAAAUACAUUUUUUAUCCUCAGGGAAUCUAGAGAAUAAAUCAUCAGAAGUGGAAGUUUCUGGAGUAGUACUUUAGUGGAUAUAUAUUUAAUAUUUGUGUACACAGAAUUCAUCAACAUGCAGGAUAAAAGCAGUGCAGUUUCUUGUGUCACUGCUUCUUUAAAAGAACUGCAGAAGGUUUUGUAUGGAGGUAAGAGAUUUGGGAACCAUGUGGAUGAAGUUUGGCCAAACCUCUAUAUUGGGGACAUGUCAGUUGCCAACGACCGCUACAGUCUGUGGAAGCUGGGAAUUACUCAUGUUGUGAAUGCAGCUCAUGGGAGGACGUACUGUCAGGGAAGUCAUGACUUUUAUGGAGCCACAGUGGAAUAUUAUGGAGUCCCUGCCGAUGACUCACCGAGUUUUGACCUUUCUCGCUAUUUCUUGCCAACUGCUGAGUAUAUUCACAACUCACUCAACACGAAUGGGGCUCGGGUGUUAGUGCACUGUGCAGUCGGAGUGAGCAGGUCUGCCUCGCUGGUGUUGGCUUACCUCAUGAUCUACCAUUCUUACACCCUGCUGGAAGCCAUCAAUAAGGUCAAAGAGUGCAGGUGGAUUUUCCCAAACAGGGGUUUCCUAAAGCAGCUGUUUGCUUUGGAUCUGAAACUACACAAUACUCCUGCUAAUGGAACUUAAGACAUUAGAUUUCUUCAGGAUGAGUGAUGCUGUGUGUAUCUGCCAGCAGAGGUAGACACAAAGCUGGCCAGGGGCAGAAGAAAAAACUAAGUUGCUGCAGGGUGCCUCCAGGCCAGCAGGGGUCCCCCAAGAGCUCCUCAAUUCUCAUGCAGAUGUUUGAUAUUUGUUUAUCAAGAGUAAGCGUUCUGUGUCAUUUGUCCUAAUGAUUUCAAAAUUGGCAAACUGGUAAUCUACAUUAUUAUUUUCAUUUUAGAAAUGAAUUCCUUUAAGAUUUACAUGCAUUCAAAAACUUGCAAGUUGUCAUCACACAACAGACAAACUUCAUGAUGAGUUCAGUUAUUUCUGCAAUUAUCCCCAUGCUGGAGUCACAGCAGUUGUAAAUGAAUCUAACAAGUAAUUACAGGUUGUAAUUUCUGGAACACACAACUAAUUAAACUCGCUCCCUCUUGCUUGACUCCACUGAGUCUGCUUGAAACACAGAACAACAGAACAAAUAUGUUGGUCAGUGAAAUACUCUGCAGGCUAUGUCUGCCUUUCUGUCUGUUGUCAUUUACAUGGGCUUUCUGAAACGCUCACCUCUAACGGACUACUGAUGAGGAGAAAAGCUGUGCUGUCUGUUGUUUCCAAGUCAGUCACAUCAGGGAAGUGACUCAGAAUCAUCAAUGCUCUUCACCUGAGUAGUGCAGAAAAUGAAGCAACAAGAGGGGCCACCAGGAUUUGAUCAACUCAAAAAAAUAAAACCUCUAUACGAGGAGAUGAGAGAAGCCUGCACCCGAAACUACCACCCUCUCCAGGAGACUGGCAUUGAGGAGAAUGGUUGCCUCAAAAGCAAGGCUUAUAUUCAAGCAAAGACGAAAGGCAAGCAUGUCUUCAAUUAUUUUCUUUCAUACCUCCAGCUAUGGAUACACCUGAGACUUCUUUGUUUAUGAGGAGAAAACAGCACUAGAAAAGGUCUCAGUUAUGACUCGUUAACAAGGCUUAUAAAAACGUCAUUGCUAGGCACAGGCUACAAAUAGUUAGAGGACAAAAGGCAAUGCCCUUGCUCCUAGACCUCCUCAAGGCAGCAUCUGUUGACUUCACUUCAGCUCACUACUUUGUCCAAUACCUAGAUACCUGCAAUGUCUUCCUUUGCUCCACCAUCCACACAACAGUGACACAGGAAAGUGAAGGACAGCAGUGGACGCUGAACAAAGGACAUUCAAAGUCCUCUUUUCAUCAAAGAUUAUCUAAGUUCUUUGACAUACUCAGGUGCAAGGGAGGAGUAGAUGCAAAUCAAGAUCUCCACAAAAUCCAGAAGCUGUAUUGAACAUUUUUCUAUCGCUUCUUUGAGACAGCAAUCGUGAACAUCUUCCUUAUCUGCUUUUGGCUUCAAAGAGCUCUGCUCAGCUGACUAUUCAUUCAUGUGACUCUCUUCUAUAGGAAUAUCGCAAACUUUUAAUGAGGUCAGUAACAUGAGCGCUAAACUAAAUUAAUUCUACAGUUGAAAUUAUGUGGUAGGAACAUUUCAACCAGGGUCAGAUCAGUCAAGAUAUUUAUUGAUUCAAAAAUAUUUUAUCACAUUUUAUACACACUUAGCUUGUGUUAUUUUCCUCAAAAGAUUUAGAUUUUAGCGUGCUAUCACUGAAGGGGGAAGAUUUCAUGUUGAAUGGGAAAUUUUUUGCUGAAUUGUUGCUUUAUUACCUAAAGGUAGUGAAUUUGUGUGAUGGUGUCCGUCAUUAAGCAACUUCUCUACUUCCAUCCACGGUCUUUGAAUGUAGCUCAUUAUGAUUUUCUCUCCUGAGUUCAGGGAGCUUAAUUUAAGGAAUUUUACCAUUCAGCAAGUACAAAGAAAAGCAUUUGAGUUGUCACCUGUUUGCUGGUUUAGACCAAAUAAGUUAGGCCUCAUAAUGCUGUCAGUAGAUGGUGGUAUAGGCUUUAUUAAGCUCAGCUGUGACAGAAAAUCAAAGUUUGUCAAGAAAGAAAACUAGAAAUUUUAUUGCUUUAGUUUAAAGAUUGUGAAUCUAAUGGCAUAAUAAUGGCAAUAUAGUGACUAUUUAUUGCAAAUUAAGCCAAAAAAAUUAACAACCCAAUGAAAGGUUUUUUCUAUUGUGCUUUAUAAAUAAUAAAUCACAAGAAUUAACCUGUGUAAUUUCUCAUUAUGUCCUACUUCUCUAAAUACAAAAAAAGCUAUUUCAAAGAGCUCAAAUUUUAUGACUUUCUUAAAAAUAUGUUUUGAAUGUCAAAAUAAACUUUAGUCAUCAUUCACAAACAAUGUUUGUGGAUUUUUUUGAUUUAUCAUUUGCAACCCCUUAAAUGCCAAAUUUAGUGAAUAAAAUAUACAUUUUUUUAUUUUUUUGUUCAAGGUUAUGAAAAAAAAUGUAAUAGAACUCAGGACAGUUACAUUUUAGUAAAGUUGACCAAAAAACAAAACACAAAACGGAUGGUAAUGUUGAAUAAUUAUCUCAUUCUGUUUCGUACUCUUUGGUAGUCUAUCCAGAACUGUUUCCAUCUGUCAGAAUAAAAACAAAAAUCUGAAGCAAAUGGCAACAUUUGCUCCUUAAGGCUUGUGAAUCUCAUUGCUAAUAAUUUAUUUCUGAUAAAUCCUGUUUUUGCAAGGCAGCUCAGGUACAAUGUUGUUCUAAGAAACACAAUUUACAAAACAUAUUAGUGGUGGGAACUGUCACAUAACAAAUAUGGAACAAAAACCUGUCUUUAAAUAAUUCGUCGAUUACCUUCAGGUUAAAAAUUACCCACAGACAUUUUUU